AUGGAAGGAGAAGAAAAAUUCUGUGCUACAUCUCUGGAGUCAUUAAUUGAUUUUAGUGUUGAAAGGCUUGGCCUGAAUGUUCGCGUACUCUCCACUGACGCAGGCAAGAAGCAAGAGUAUACUGUUUCGGCCAAAGCGACAAUGAUUGGAGAUCAUAAAGCAGCAGUGUGUCACAAGAUGAGAUAUCCUUAUGCAGUGCACUAUUGCCAUGUAAUCGCAGACACAGAGGUUGACGAGGUUCCAUUAGUGGGUGCUGAUGGCACGAAAGUGAAAGCUGUAACGGUUUGCCACCUGAACACAUCAGCUUGGAGUCCAGACCAUAUGGCGUUUCAAGUUCUCAAAAUUAAGCCAGGACCAGCUGUUUGUCACUUUCUCGAUAGCAAUACUCUCAUUUGGGUGCCAAAGAAGGAUUAA